UUGGACGACCUCUUUCGCCUCAACCCCGCCGACCGCGCGACGACCGCCGCCAGUAUCUUUCAUACGCAGUGGGCGCGCGAGAAGUCAUCGUCGCCGUCGCCUAAACUUUAUCGCGCCUUUGCCCGCGGCUACGCGCGGCCAAUCGUUCUUGCGGGUGUCCUCAAGGUCGUCCAUCUCGCGCUCCAGUUCACCGGGCCCCUCUUGCUCAAGCACCUCGUCGCGUACCUCGGUGCGUCCUCAAAACCGCUCUCGAUUGGUGUGUCGUACACGCUCGCCGUGGUUACGUCGGGCAUUUUGCAAUCGCUGACACUUCGGCACUACUAUUUUGUGUGCUACAAGGUCGGGCUGCGGCUCCGGUCGGCCGUCGUCAUGGCGGUCUACGACAAGACGCUGCGCCUCGUGUCGACUGCUUCGGCGGGGGAUGUGGCGACGCUCAUCAGCGUGGAUGCGGCUCGACUUCAAUGGCUCGUCAACGCGGCGCACAGUCUCUGGUACACACCGCUGCAGAUCGCCGUCACGUGCGUCUUCAUGUACAACGAGCUCGGCGUCGCGUUCUUUGGCGGCGUUGGCGUUCUCUGCCUGCUCAUUCCGGCGAUGUCGAUGCUGACAACGAUCACGCGGACGUGCCAAGGCCCGCUCAUGACGUUCAAGGACACGCGCUUGCGAGCAGUCGCUGAAGUCCUAAGCGGCAUCAAGGGACUCAAACUCGAGGCGUGGGAGCCGUCGUUUAUGAGCACGCUACUCCAACACCGCGAACGAGAGCUCGCACAGCUGCAACGGUAUGCGACGACCAAGGCUAUUGGCGCUACGAUCUUCAACGCCGUGCCAUCGGCUGUCACGAUCGCGGCGUUUGGUUUGUACGUGUACCUCGGCCACUCGCUAGACCUCGGGACGGCGCUGACGAGCAUCGCGCUGUUUGAAACCAUUCGGAGCCCGCUUCUCAACUUGCCGUCGGCCAUGACAGCGCUCGUCGAGGCCCAAGUGAGCUUUGACCGGCUGCAAGCUUUCUUCGAUCGCGACGAGUACGUGCCCGUGACGCCCGGUCCGCUGACGUCGCCCGGUAUCGUCUUCCAAUCGGCGACGUUUUGCUACGGAGAGACUC